CCACACUGUCCUUGCCAGGAACAGUCAUUGACAUUCCAUCUCAUCUGAUUGGUUUUGGCAGGUUGACCACACUGUUGCCCUCCGAGGGUCAGGAGAGACGUUUACCUCUGAACACACCAACCUUUGAUCUUCAUAAAGGGCAAAAUGAAGAGCAACUAUUCACUGGAGAAGAACAAUACUCAAGGAGUCUUUUUUAUAGAAGAUGCUUUCCGAGAGAGAUCUGAAUCUGCGGCCUCCAGUCCAGAACAUACAAAUGUGGACAACAGCAAUGCAGCCAACCCUUCCCUUUUCAGAAAAUACAACCAGAGCCUUCAGACCCUCAAACCCUUCCGCUGGUCCUCACCCCAAUCCCACCCUCUGGACAAUGCAGGCUUCCUGUCCUUUGCGACCUUUACCUGGAUGACCUCUACAAUGUGGGCCAUGUUCAGGAAUAGGUUGGACAUCAGCUCUCUCACACUGUCUCCUUUGGAUGUGGCCGAAACAAGCGGAGAAAGGCUCCUCAGGCUCUGGGAGGAAGAAGUGGCAAAGGUGGGCCUGGAGAAGGCCUCUCUGCUUCGAGUGAUCCUUCGCUUUCAAAGAACCAGACUGAUUUUGUCUACCUUUGUUGGUGUCUUUGCCAUGGCGUCAAUGUUUAUAGGCCCGGCUGUUGUGGUCUAUGAGAUCCUAAAAUAUGUUGAAGACCCGGAGAAGUCCACAGUAUACUAUGGUGUCGGUCUGGCCUUUGCUUUGUUCACCUCAGAGUUCUCCAAAGCCUUCCUAAUAUCCUUGAUGUGGGCGCUGAACCUGCGCACUGCAGUCAGAAUGAAGGGUGCCUACUCCUUGGUGGCCUUUCAGAAAGUCAUCUCUCUGCGGGUGCACAGCGGCAUCUCAAUGGGAGAGAUGAUUACUGUUUUGACCAACGAUGGUCACCGAUUAUUUGAGGCAAUAAUAUUUGGGAGCUUCACGCUGUCUAGCCCAGUGGUCUUCAUUGUGUGUAUUAUCUAUGCCUGUUACAUUCUGGGCUACACCGCACUGACUGGAGUCGCCACCUAUAUCAUCUUCAUCCCCAUACAGUUUUUCUUGGCCAAGCUCAUUAACAUGUUCAGAUGGAAAGCCAUAUUAGUAACAGACAACCGUGUUCGCACAAUGAACGAGAUUCUCAGCAGCAUCAAACUCAUCAAGAUGUACGCCUGGGAAGAAUCCUUUGAGAAGACGAUCACAGAGUUAAGGAAAGCUGAGAAGAAAGAGCUGAGGAAGGUCAGUUACAUUCAGAAUGCCAAUGUCAGCAUCAGCACCAUCAUCCCCACCAUCGCCACCGUUCUCACCUUCAUUCUACACACUUUGUUGGGUUUAAAGCUCAACUCAUCUGAUGCUUUUACCACCAUCGCCAUCUUCAACGCCAUGAGGUUCUGCCUGGCUCUACUGCCCUUGUCUGUGAAGGCCCUGGCUGAGGCUGCUGUGUCACUAGCACGACUGAGGAAAAUAUUGCUGAUCCAGAAUCCGGAUUCCUACCUGAUCCACAAAGACAGUGACUCAGCUAUAGUAAUGAAAAAUGCUACAUUCUCCUGGACCAAACCAGACAGCCAGCCAGACUCUGCCCCCAGCUCAGCCAAUGGGGUGAAGGGACACAAAGUGGAGGAGAUGUCUCAGAAUGGGGAGACUGAAACCUUGCCAACCCUGAGAAACAUCUCCUUUACGCUUCCUAAGGGCAAACUGCUUGGUGUCUGCGGGAAUGUGGGGAGUGGAAAGACAUCACUGAUUUCCAGUAUUUUGGAACAGAUGCACCUUCUGCAGGGCUCCCUCACAGCUGAUGGGACAUUUGCCUACGUUUCUCAGCAGGCCUGGAUAUUCCACGGAACUGUUCAAGAAAACAUCCUGAUGGGGGAACCUUUUGACCAGCUCAAAUACAACAGAGUGAUGGAUGUGUGUAGCCUUAGAGCUGACCUGAAAAUCCUCCCAUAUGGUGAUCAAACCGAGAUUGGAGAGCGAGGGCUGAAUCUGUCAGGAGGGCAGAAGCAGAGGAUCAGCCUGGCCAGAGCAGUCUACUCCAAUAAGGACAUCUUCCUCCUUGAUGAUCCGCUGUCUGCUGUCGAUGCCCAUGUGGGGAAACACAUUUUUGAAGAAUGCAUUAAGAAGGAGCUCCAGGGAAAAUCUGUCAUAUUGGUUACACACCAGCUCCAGUAUCUGGAGUUCUGUGAUGACAUUUUGGUUUUGGAGGAUGGUGAGGUGCUGGAGACUGGAAACCACCAAAACCUGAUGAAAGCCAACGGACGCUACGCUCAGCUCAUCAGCAACUACCAGAUGGAAGAGUCCAAUACCCAGGAUGUGGAGAAGGUAGUGUCAACCCUGGAAACUGCCCAGCUGAAGGAUGUUGAGCUGAGAGAUGGCACAGACAGCGGGAUAGUCAACCCAGGAUUUGACAUGUCAGACGAACAGAAUGAUGGAACGACUGCUGACCAAAAACCUGCUGCGGGUGAUCAGCUGGUCAGUCAGGAGGCCACCACAGAGGGUGUCAUCUCCUGGAGAGUCUAUCAGCGAUACUGCAAGGCAGCUGGAGGCUACAUUGUCACCGCCCUCACAUUGCUGAACAUAGUCCUGAUGAUUGGAUCCACAGCCAUCAGCAGCUGGUGGCUCAGCUUCUGGCUUGAGCAGGGCAAUGGGACAAGUCCACAGGGUGACAUCUCAGAAAACAAGCACUUGCACUUCUACCAAAUGAUUUAUGGCUUGAUGAUAGUUGUCACAGUGAUACUUGCCAUUAUGAAAAGCUUUUCCUACACCACGGUCACCUUGAAUGCCUCCUGCAAACUCCACAACACCAUGUUCAAGAAGAUUUUCUCCAGUCCCAUGAGUUUCUUUGACACAACACCAACAGGCCGCAUUCUCAACCGCUUCUCCAAAGAUCAAGAGGAGGUGGACACUGUGCUUCCCCUCCACAUGGACCCUUUCUUGCAGUUCGCUCUGGUGAUCAUGUUCACCAUUAUCACCAUAUCGGCUGUCUUCCCUGCCAUGCUGGUAGCUGUGGUUGUUAUGGGAGCUUUGUUCGCCCUCAUUCUCUUUGUAGUCCAGAGGAGUAUCCGUCAGAUGAAAAGGAUGGAAAACAUCAGUCGCUCUCCCUGCAUCUCUCUCACGACCUCUACACUGCAGGGCCUCAGCACCAUCCAUGCCUACAACAUAAGAGACAGCCACAUAAAACUGUUCAAGACACUCAAUGACAUCAACUCCAACCACUAUUUAAUGUUUUCCUGUGGGACACGUUGGCUCUCCUUCUGGCUGGACUUCAUGGGUGCGACCAUGUCCUUGUUGGUAUCUCUGCUCGUAGUGCUCAGCAGUAAUGACUUCAUCAGUCCUUCUUUGAAAGGCUUGGCCAUGUCCUACACCACACAGCUGACAAGCAUACUUCAGUACGUAGUGCGGCAGGCAACGGAGGUGGAGGCGAGAUUUAACUCGGUGGAGCGGAUGCAGGAAUAUAUCAUGGGUUGUAAAUCUGAGGCCCCCAGACACAUAAAGGAGGCUCAAGUCCCAGAGGAUUGGCCAAAGAACGGAACCAUCACUUUUCAGGACUAUAAGAUGAGGUACAGAGAGAAUACACCCAUUGUCCUGAACGGGCUCAAUUUCGUCAUCCGAGCUGGAGAGAAGCUGGGCAUUGUGGGAAGAACAGGCUCUGGGAAGUCCUCUUUAGGCGUGGCUCUGUUCAGGCUAGUGGAACCAGCAGCAGGAACCAUCCUGAUAGAUGGCGUAGACAUUAUGGCCAUCGGUCUGCAGGAUCUGCGCAGCAAAUUGUCUAUCAUCCCCCAGGACCCUGUGCUAUUUAUUGGCACAAUCAGAUACAACCUAGACCCCUUCAAUAACUACAGUGAUGAGGAGAUCUGGGCAGCACUGGAGAAGACCUACAUGAAGGACUCAAUCUCCAGACUGGAGGGGAAACUACAGGCGCCGGUGAUGGAGAAUGGAGAGAACUUCUCUGUAGGAGAAAGACAACUGAUGUGUAUGGCUCGAGCACUACUCCGCAACUCCAAGAUCAUUAUUUUGGACGAGGCAACAGCAUCCAUCGAUGCAGAGACAGACUCCUUGAUCCAGAACACCAUCAAAGAAGCCUUCGAGGACUGCACCAUGCUCACCAUUGCCCAUCGGAUCAACACUGUGAUGCACGCAGAUCGUAUUCUGGUCAUGGACAACGGAGAGGUGGCAGAGUUAGACCCUCCAGAUGUGCUGAGGGACAGACCACAGUCUCUGUUCUCCUCACUCCUGACUGCUGCUAACACUGUCAACACCUGAACAACAGAGGCCCUGUGACACCACAGCACCACCACACAGUAAUAACUGCAACAUUAUACAGUGGAAAUAUCUUAUAGUGAUAACCUUUGUGCAGGUCAAAUUUAUCACUAUGGGUGCAUGAUUAUCAUAAUCGUUUUUUUUUUGUUUGUUUGUUUUAAAUUUCACAUGCAGAUUUCCAUCUAAUUGACACAUAUAUUUAUUACUUUUUUAUUGGAUGACCAGGAAUUAUCAAUCCUCUUGACCAGGGCAGCUUCAACCACAGAUGCUUUCCCCGAGCUCCUUUUCCUUUUUUGUCUCCAUCUCUAGCAGCCAUGACUGUUUCUCAUUGUUUGUGCAGAAUACACAGUAGCCUGAGAAACAUCGAGUUUGACUGCUGCAUCUCUUUGGCUUGUUUUCGGCAGUUUGUCACAAGCUUUGAGGAGACUACAUUCUUCACUAAGAGAAAAUUACUUUUUUAUCCUGUCAUGAUUUCAGUUGCACAGUGUUGUUGGAUGAUGUUAUUUUGUGUGAUUUUUUAUAAGAGUGGAUAUGAUAUAUUUGAAACGUAUUAUUUAUUACACAUUUCGUGGAAGCUUUUGCACUCUAUCAUGUUUAAGAACUGUAAAUAGAUUGUAUACUGUAACUCAUUAAUGUAAACUGAUUGCAGAUACAUGGACAAUGUUGCUGCUGGCACAGAUAGGUAAUAAAUCAUGGAAAUUUGUAA